CACAGAGCCAAACGGAUCAACAGGAAACACAAGAGGAAGUUUGCUGUCUUUCUUUUUCUGAGAACACUCACAAGACUGCCUGAAUUAAAUUAAUUGACAAAAGAAUGCUUGUUGUUUGCUAGCUUAUUUUUUAAUGUUUUCAUGGACUUCCUACUUUAUACUAAACUCUCUGGAGAAUCAUCCAGCAAACACUGCAGCAUGAUUUGAUCAAAGCAGAAGAGGACUGGGUGUUAUUUUCUUCUUUUUUUCCCGACGUUCUAGUCUACUGUAGAGACAGUCUGUCUAUUUGGUUUCAUUAGUUGAUGUCUCUCCUCAACCAAACUGUGAGAGUGUGACAUCUUCUACUUCUCUCCACUGAUCACAAACCAGAAGCCUGGCUUCCUCUUUUGCUACCCAGCACACGACCGCAGCACACAACUAUCCAGGCCUUUAGAAUCAAGGCACUAACUAUACUCUUCCCAGGCUGUUGUGGAGACUGUCUUGAGGAUAUGACUGCUCAGUAGCAGCUUGCCACUUCACUUACCUCUGGUCGUAAGGAUUCUCCAACAAAUAUUCUACAUUUCCACGUAUAUCUUGAUUUCUGGCGAGUGAGAAGACGGAAGGGAAAGAUGAGUUUCGACAGACUUCCUUCCAAGGUGGAGGUCAUGGGCUGGAGCCAACAUCACCUGGCUGACUACAUGAAGAAGAUGAACCUAUCUGGCUGUGACAAAGUCAUCAUUAACAACUGUAUAAACGGCUCCAGAUUUCUGAACAUGAGUGAAAAUGACCUUCAAAAAUUCCCGAAGGUUCAUGCUCCGUUGAUUUCUAAAAUCUGCCUUGAGAUCAGCAGAAAGGAGGAGAAAAGAGGACUGUUUGGUAAAAAGUCAACUAUCCCUAAGUACCGUGAACCAGAAACACCAGUAGAGGACCAGUGUUGGGGUCCAGAUGAGUUUGACGGCAGUGACGAUGAUGACUAUGAGAGCCCAGACUCGUGCGAUGGGGACAGUGUGGGAGAUUAUGAGUCUCCCACAGAGGAGUGCUCUGGCUGCAUUGAGGAACCAGACAAUGACAACGACUAUGAACCUCCGCCCUCUGAGUCGGACGAGUCCACCAAAAUGAUUGCACCUCAGCUUCCUAUUGGAGAGAGCGACUACAUUGACAACCGUAGAUCAUCACAAGGCCAGCCUCCUGCCCUUCAGCCACGUCCCGGACAUGGCCCCACCCCACCAGCUGCUCCCCGCACCACCCUGACAGAGCCCACCCCACCCAGACAAGAGCUGUCCCCCCUUCGCCAGGGCAGACUCCCCACCAGGGGUCCCCUCGGCUGUGCAGCGCCUCAGGUGGACCGCAGCAAGAAGCCCUCUGCAGUGGACCGAAGAAUGAACAGCAGCUCACCGUUGCAGGCACGAAGGCCCAGCGCUGUUGAUAGGCCUUUGAUACAGCCCCAGUCCUGGAGAUCCCCUGCAGAGGAAAGAGGGCUUCCGGACCCUCCCAGGGUGGCAAAGCCCCCACUGCCAGCCGCCAGCGUUAACCGAAGCAGUUCCUCUGUAGGCAGGGGCCUUAACAGGGCCCCAGUAGAGGAGAGGGGGGCUCUCGAGCCUCCCAGGGUGGCAAAGCCCCCCCUGCCAGCUACCAGCAUCAACCGGAGCAGCUCUUCAGCAGGCAGGGGCCUCAUCCCCAACAGAUUUGCGCUCAAUUCUAGGACUGAGGUGCAAGACGAAGCCAUCCCAACUUUUAACUCCCAUACAUUCCCACUCAAAUCCCGAGCUAUGGGCUCCAUGCCAGGCCCACCAGGACCCCCUCACACAGACAGCCUACCUCCCAUUCUGAAUCUCACCGGUUCCCUCCCACACAAACUACAGGAAGCCAUCAGCUCUCACCGGAACAGCACCAGGAUUAGUUCAGGGGGACAGCUUGUUCCCCUCCGGCCCCCAGUGCAGCCCUCCUACCCCCCACCAGCAGACAUGGGCCGCUCAGAGGACAUGGACCCUAUCUGGUACGUGAGCCAAGUGACACGAGGCAAAGCAGAGAGCUGUCUGAGGCAGGUCAACAAGGAUGGAGCAUUCCUUGUGAGGGACAGCUCUAAGGGCUCGAUGGAGCAGCCGUACACCCUGAUGGUUCUCUACCAGGACAAGGUCUUCAACAUCCAGAUCAAACGCACGCACGACCAGUACCUACUAGGCACAGGGCUGAAGACCUCCGAGACCUUCCCUUCAGUGUCCGACAUAAUCAGCCACUACCAACAGACACCUCUGCUCUUGAUCGAUUCCAAGAACCGCGGGUCGGGCCAGCAGAACCAUUGCGCUCUCAUGUAUCCAGCAGGGUACCAGCGUUGACCCAUAUGGACCAGCAGAACCAACCAAACAGAUCCAGAAUUGGUCUUCCAUGACCCAGUCAGGCAGGAUGGGCCAGAAGAUAUCACAAAAAUCAUUUAGAAGGACUGAGGGAAACGUGAUGAACUUUACCGAAGUGUUUUAACUGAUUAUCAUCAUUAUGUUAAUUUUAGUGGUUGAUGUAUUCAUGUGUGUGUAAAUACAAAGUAGUGGUUGGCUGCAACAGAGGGAAGUAGCUAGCUAUGUUGUUGCUAAGGUUUCAGUGUGAAGGUGCCAAACAGAACCGGGUAUAAAUGGGACAAGUUACAAUUAUUCAUUUAGCAGACACUCUUAUCCAGAGUUCUUUCUUAGGUUGUCUGUGUUAUGUAUAUUUAUUAGAUUGUGGAGAGAGCGUCUGGCUGAUUAUACAGCUAUAGAGUUAGCAACCUUCUGUAACUUUCUGGUUGUGGAAAUCCACAGUCUCUGCCCUGAACUGCCCAGUAAUCUAAGUGCAGAGAGGAUAAGCUGUGGCUGAUUUGCAUAUGUCCUGUGGUAAUUGAAGAGUUUUUUAGGGCUCAUGAGGGACAUCCUGAUGACACCUGGCCUAUGGCCGUAAUCAGAGUUAACCAAGUAAAGAGAAUGGAGUGCAGCCACUAGCCUGCAGUCUAACAAUGGGGGUUUGAUGGUGAUGCAGUUGGUGUUAAUAGGAUCCCUCGUCCCUUAGAUAAACAUUUUCAUUUAUAUUCUUUUAGCCUUUAAAACUACCUGUUGUCAAGUACAGAGAGGAAUAUACUGUAAAUCUGCUGCCUGUUACUAUCUGACAUCAUGUAUUUAAACUUUUACAUCGUAGCGCUGCUUACGUAAGACAAUUGUUUUAAUCUUGGGCAUUGUUUAAUACUGGAUGGUUAUAAAAAAACAGGAUUGAUCAUAAUAUACUAAUUGUAUGCAUCUAAUUAUGUUUAGUCAUCACAUCUGUUAAGUUAUAGGUACACCAGAUCUCCCUUAUAGGGUAUUUGACACAGUAAGUGCAGACAGGUAUAGAUGUUGAGAACUCUGACAGCAAUUUGGUUGGUCGGUUUGUUGUUUUUUGUACUUUUCCUUUCAUUGUAGGUCAAACAAAAAUACAGUGUAUGACACAUGUAUUGUGAAUGUUAGGGUUAUCAUUUGAUAUUUUCAGUAGAGCUGUAGCCUAUGUAGAUAUUAUCUAUGUCUUACCUGAUUUAAUGUCAUAAUGCUGCAGCCACAAACCAAUAUCAUUUUCUCAAUCUGGCGGUCUAUAAAUGCUUUACGUUUGUUAUCUCUC